AUGCUCGCCCAGGAGUUCAAUGUCCGCGUUGUGAACGAGGCACUUUUGCCAACCGCAGUGGAUUCAUACUUUCCAGACAACGGCUCCGCACUGUUUGUACUUAUUGGUUGCAAUCGGGGUAUGCUUAUUGUAUGGUGUAUCACCAAAAUAUCACAAAGUCACGAAUAUGUGUGCAAAAAAUUUGAAGCUGAGGAAGUUCUUACACUCAGGUGGAAUUCUUUCUCGCAAAGCCCUCAUCAUUUAAACUUUGCAGUCGGUUAUCGUAAAGGUUUGAUUGGGGUGUAUCAGUACAGAAUGUUUUCGGUUACUUCUGGUCAGGUGAUCACACAACUGUUUCGUUUUCAUGCGCACGAGAAGGAUAUAUGCGAUUUGUUUUGGCGUCGUAAUACCAAUGCUUGUGGCCAUCCGAAAAUUGAUCUUGUUACCACCGGUCGGGAUCAGUUUGUCAAGAUAUGGGAUGUCGAAAGCUCCUGGUGUUCAUCUUCUAUCAGAGUACCUGGUUCCUCCCGAGUCUUAUCAAAAGAAGCUAAUCGUUCUGGUAGAGAUAAGAAUAGUUCAAUCGGAACUCCAUGGAUCACAUGCUGCCAGGCAGAAGGAGAAUCUAGUUUGUGGAUUUCAGGCCUUCGUGGAGAGAUCUAUCAUUGGUCAAUCCAGGACACGUCAAAAACGAUUGCAAAACCAACAGCUUCCAACAUUCAUACCAUGCUGGUAUUUGCUUUGCGCUCCAUUCCCAAUUCGAACGGUUUGUUUGUUUCUGUCAGUCAAGAUCGUCAGGUGUUGGUUUGGCAAUCUACUGCACCGAAUUCUCUUGCUCCUGUUCUUCGUAUUCCAACGGUGACUGGGGGUAUUUCUGCGCUGUCUCAGUCUGAACACGGUAAUGGACCAAUAGCCGCAGGUGUCUCAGACGGUUCUUUGAUCCUCUGGCGCCCGUGCACCACAAGCCAUGCAACGCGCGCUGUUUUCGGACAAGAUUUAACUGUUCUGUGGCCUCGUGGUCAAAAUUCGAAUGGCAUUACUGCUCUGGCUUGGCAUCCGUCACCACAGCAUGAAAGUUUUCUGGCCUACGGAACUGAGGCUGGCUGUGUUGAUCUUUUGGAUACAGCUAAACCCCGAAAGGUUGCAAACCCACAGAAGUCAAAGACACAGCCCCACAUCUUUGGCACCACCGUGUACCGAGUUGUUUGGGGACCACGAUUAUUCAGUCGUGGUUCAGUUGAAGACGCCACUCAGAAUUCGCGUGAUCCUGAAUCAAUUGUGUGCUGCGAAGCUGUCGAUCAGGUGGCUUCCGUGUCGUCCGCAGACGUCGCGAAUUGUGAUGAAGAUUCUGAAACCACCGGAGAGUCGAAAUCCACUCAGAAUUUUUCAUUUUAUGUAUACAGUGUAUGCAAGGGCAGAAUAUUCUGUCACAUAGGCUUUCAACGGACUCCUUUAGAUGUGACAUUGCGCUUUCCUCAACCCAGAAACACAAACACAGAUGAAUGGGCUGAGUUCAAACGCACGGAUAUUUCUUUCCUUCAUCUCAACAGACCCCGUACUGUUAAAGACUGUGUCUCUGACCUUAUUUACGACAGGUGGGAUUGGAUUAUUGGUGUUGGUUACCGCGAUGGUCGUGUGGAUAUAUAUCUACAUCGGCGUUCCACAGAGUUUCGAAAAACGGAUUCAUCAAAAUUAUCUGCUUUGUGCACACUCAAUACGCAUACGAAAAGUAUUAAUUGUCUUGCUUGGUCGUAUGAUUCCUACCGACUGGCCAUAGGUUCAAACGAGCACUUUAUUACCGUGGUGGAUUUAACACAGUUCUUGUUAGAUGCUAUCAGGUCACCAUCGUCCACUCCUUUAGUAUCUUCCACAUGCUUAGCCCGAUUAGAGGGACAUGGCAAUCGCAUCACUUGUUUGGAUUGGUCCCCACAUGACCCAGCUUUAUUACUGUCAGCAUCGUUCGACGGUACGGCCAACGUGUGGUCUGUUGAAGUUGGAGAUUCGCCUCAAAAUUAUCGUUCACUGGCUAAUUUUCGUGCGCAUAAACUUCGAUUGUUUAGUUGUCUUUGGAGUCGAACUGAAUCAGACUUAGCUUACAGUGGCGGGGAGCUGCACCAUUUGUUUGGUUGGAGACCUUCUAAGCUGGUUUACACAGAACCGCCUAACACUCGUCGAUAUCGGCCUCCACCGGUCAAAAAAGUGCAGAAUGCGUCAUCUGUUGAUCAUUUUCUGUCUGAUGACAAACACAGUUCAAACAUAUCAGCUUCCCAUCCUUCUAUUGAAUUGUCAGUCUGUGAACGUCAAAUAUCGGAGCCGAUGGAGGCUGGAUCUAUUGCAAAGUCAAUCAAUGUCAAGAAAUUCGUCAGUGAAAACAUUGGUGAGAAAACACGCAAACGUCCAGCUUUAUUUCCUAAGUUUCUGCAUCGAGCUGAUCUUCAAACGAACAUGGUAAAUUACGUUUCUGUUCCACCACUUCAGUUGAGCUCAAAACUUGCUCAGGUGAAGGAUAUUAUGGGUACAUCUUCGGAUAUUCUUAUAAGCGCAACAGUACUUGUCUGUGCUGGCCGUUGCCGUGAGGCCGUUGAUUUGCUGAUGAACCAUAACAGGUUAAAGGAAGCUCUGCUUCUCGCCCGUCUACGGCUAGAUCCUGAAGAUGCUCAGACACUGAUUAAACAAUGCCUCGGACGCAUGAUAGAUCGUAAACUCACUGGGGAUGUAGUUCACUUGAAUGUGAUUUAUCAACUUGCCUACGGCAAACACGGCAAUUUGGGCUCAGUACUCUCGCGUUCCUUGGUUUCUUCGUCUGAGACUGCACUGGACGCUUUGGCAAACUAUUGGACACAGUUUGUAAUCAGCGCACGGAGUACUGAUACCGCUGCUCGGGUGGACCUCCUGCUUCAGUUCGCUUGUGCUUGCCUCCUGGUUGGUUUCGAUUUGAGCAACGAUGAAGACGGUGUAGAAUGUACAACCACUCAAUUUUUCAGCGGGUGGAAGUUGCUUUUCGAAACAAUGAAUUGUUCCUUGGACGUGUCAAUCGUUAUCGCCCUAUUAGAGACUGCUUUGUUAGUGUCCACAUUGCUAUAUCAAGAAAACUAUUUUGAUGUUAUAAUUCCUUCUGAAUUCCAUAUACCAGCAGAUGCACUUCUUAGGUUAGACCAGUUAGUUGGUGAUCGGAUAUAUCAACGCAGUCAUUGGUCUACUUGUAUGCUGCGCUUUGUGGUAGGCUUGGCCGCCGUUCUUUUAUCCACUCAGCCGAAAGUUGAAAAUAUGGAACUAUCACCGGAAAAACAAAACACAGAUCAAUUCACUUCGAUUGUCAGCCCAUUGGAAGAUUGCCGAAAGUUGGAUCCAGAAAAAUCCAAGAGAUUGAUAAAUAACCUAAUUCUGUUAUUUGAGAAAUUGCAUUUCAACAAUACAACUUUUUGUGCCUCUUUGAUCGCACUCCGAGAAUGCUGA